AUGGACGGCGGAAUCGACGGCCGUUUGCGAGAUCCGCGCGUCGUCGCACGGCGAAACCGUCGUCCGCGCGUCGUCGCACGGCGGAACCGUCGCCCGCGCGUCGUCGGGCAGCAGGAGCGCGGGCAGCGGGGCAGCAGCGCCGGCCUCAUCAACGGUCCGUCCCUUCAAGCCCGCUCGCCCGCGUUUGCCUCCGAGGGCUUCCUCCUCACGGCCAGCGUGUCCGGCGCGCAGCUCUCCAGCUACGCGUCCUACCUGGCAAAGGCUGACGUGACGCUCUGCAUCGUGCUCACCAGCCUCAGCACCUUCGCCUCCGUGGCGCUCACGCCCAUCCUCACCUCGCUCCUGAUUGGCUCAGCCGUCCCCGUCGACCUCCUAGCAAUGGCCAAAUCAAUCCUGCAAGUCGUCAUCCUCCCCGUCUCCCUCGGCCUAAUCCUAAACACCUACGCGCGGAAAUUCGUCGACCAGAGUCGACCAAUCAUGCCGCUGCUAGCCAUAGUCUGUACCUCCCUCUGCGUAGGCAGCCCCCUAGCCAUCAACAGGUCCCAAAUCGUGUGCCUGAGCGGUCUCCUGCUGCUCCCGCCCGUCCUCGCCUUCCACCUCGCGUCCUUCGCCGCUGGAUUCUGGUCCGCGAAGCUGCCGGGAAUGGGGCAGAGCGAUGACGUGGCGAGGACUUUGUCUCUGUGCGGUGGCAUGCAGAGCAGCACUCUUGCCAUGCUGCUGGCAUCUCAGUUCCUAGGGUCUACCCACACGGUCCCGGCCUCUGUCUCUGUCGUGUUCAUGUCUAUCAUUGGGCUCAGCACUCGGCUCUAG